AGCUGUUACAAUGCUGAUGAUUUGUUAAGCACGGAGCAUUAUUUACGGAAUCUCCCUCCUCUCUUCAAGCUGCCUACCUACAAAACCUCCCUCUGUCUCCAACGAGGCCAAGCCAACUGCUUCCCCCAUCCUCGAAUUCAUCCUAGCCUCUCUCUGAAGUGGGUUGGUCGACCAAGAGUGGUUGGUAUCUUUGGGGGCCGCCAGCUGCCUACCACAAUUCCCCCGACGCUUACUGUUACUCCACCAUACAAACUCAUUGUAAUCCUCCGCGACGACGACGCUCUUCUGCCACGAUUCUUGUCACCGUUGGUGCUAGGUCUUCUCAUAUUGCGCAACAACCACCUCCGCAGCCGGGGAGGGCGCCUGAUGACUAUCCGGGGCAGAAGAGCGCAAGGACUUGGUGGUUUUUGACUUCGUUUUCGUCGUUGGCGGGCAUUCGGGCUCCGCUCGCUCGGACCCAACUGGCAUCUGAGAGGGCCCUGUUAUCAUCUCACUGCGAACAACCUGCUUUCCAGCGCGCUCUUUGCGGUGGUAUAAACCGACCCAGACUCGCACAGUCGAAGAUCAAACCGUUGAUCAAACCAUGUCUUUUAUGCAAACAACCUUCAAAUCCGGCUGGAUCACUGAUCUGGUCCUGCCCGCGCCGCCGGAAGGAAAGUCCCCGCAAGAUGUGCUGGACGCCGGCUAUGAACUCGCGCUCAAGAUGUGCACAGAUCCGGUGAUGAUGGCCCGGCUCAACCCGCUCAUCACCAACGUGGUCACCAUUCCGGCCUCAGAUCCAAAAGCCGUCGACUACAUGGCUCUGUCCAAGGACUUCAAGGUCGACCUGAACGCCGACUACGCGAUCGAAGACUUCCAGCACUACGCCAUCACCGACAAACUCAACGUGCUUCCGGGGUACAGCACGGACUUGACGUAUUACAGCGCAAUCCGACGGACCAAGGACGGCAUGGAGGCACUCACCAAUCCGGGCUCCGGCGUGACCAUCCACGGCCGCUUCAGCAUCCGGGUCGCCGAGCCGCGCGACGUCAAAGCGCUGGACGCAAGCGACGGCAAGGGUUGGGUGGUGAAUUUCUACGAAACCAACGAGCUGAGGUGUAACGUCAUGCUGAGCUACUACAUCCGCGCCACGACGGACAAGUCGCACCGGAUGGCGCACGGGCGGUUCAAGGAGAUGUGGUACCAAGGGAUGAAGGACCUGGGUUAUCCUCCUACGUCGUGACGAGAUGACUCGCGGGGGUUCGUUCCAGCAGGCAGUUUGCAGGUUUUUGAGCGUCUGGUAAAAAGUUUGGUUGGCUGUGCGGCUGGCGUUGGUUCUCCAGACGGAGAAACGGAAUCAAGAUCGAAGAGAGGAAGGCGUGCGCCAUUGCGGGAAGAGGGAGUUCGCUGAAAAGAGAGAUACCGACAGCAAAAGACACGAGAGAGAUGAACACAGAGAGGGAAUGAUGGUAAUCACAGACGAGCAGAGAAUGGAGGAGAGAAGAGACAAAACAAUGCCGAGGGUUCUGGCUACAAGUCACCUUACCUUACCUCACCGCACUAUACGAAAGCCAUGCUCCGCCACUGGCUAUUGCACUCCACAGUACUCUUCGAGCGGACCGAAAUCAGCAUAAUGCAAACCAGAUGAAACGCGGAGCAUACUCGUCCUAGCUAGCUAACCAGGCAGCUAGGCCAGUACCCAUCUGAUUGCUUUAGGGAAGGGGGCGUUUGUUUGGGUGUUUUCUUGGUUGUUUGAUCUCGGCACGCAGUAGGGGGGUUAGCAUCCGGUAUCUAUUUCGCACGUCUUUUUAAUCUCAAUGCUUCUUGUAGUUCAA